AUGAAUCAGGCAGACGUGGACAAACAAAUCAACCAGAUGGUGCAGUUCAUCAAGCAAGAGGCGAGCGAGAAGGCGCGCGAGAUCGCCAUCGCGGCUGAGGAAGAGUUCAACAUUGAAAAGCUCGCGUUGGUGGACGGAGAAAAAGUGAAGAUCGCGAAGGAAUACGAGCGAAAGGAGACGACGGUGGAUACGGCGAAGAAGAUCGAGGCGUCAACGUCGAGGAACGCGAUGCGCUUGAGAGUUUUGGCGGCGAGGGAGGAGGCGAUGGAGACGGUGCUGGAGGAUGCUCGAAGACGCCUCGGAGAGGUGAGCGGGGACGCCAGGCGAUACAAGGAUUUGUUGCGAGCGUUGAUCGUACAGGGGGCGAAAAAAUUGGGCGAUAAAAAUGUGAUCGUGCGAUGUCGGGAGAGCGACGCGGCGGUGGUGCGCGAGUCGACCGUCGCCGCGGCGGCGGAGUUGGUGGGCGUGUCGGUGACGCUUGACGAAUCGACGAGACUUCCCGCUGCGCCCGCGUGCUCGGGCGGCGUCGAAGUUGCGAAUUCCACGGGACAAAUCGUGUGUGACAACACCCUGGAUGCUCGUCUGCGCAUCGCGUACGAGCAGAACACGCCUUUGAUUCGCGAGAAGAUGUUCGGCGGCUCGGUCGCCUCCAAGGCGCCCGUCGCGCCUCCGCCCGCGACGAGCAACGAUUCCGCCAACCUCAUCUCACUCUGA